AUGACAGAGGAUGCCAAGAAUAGUACGAAUAAUAUCACAUGGCAUCAGCCCACGGUGAGCCGAUCGGAACGAUGGAAGGCCCGUGGCCAUGGUGGGGCCGUUCUUUGGUUCACAGGUUUGAGUGGCAGUGGGAAAUCGUCCAUUGCCAAUCAAGUGGAUUCCAUGCUGGUACUCAAUAAUAAUGAUAAUGAUACGACGACGACAACAAGCAGUAUUCACAGCUAUGUAUUGGAUGGCGACAAUGUCCGGCAUGGAUUGUGUGCCGAUCUCGGCUUCUCCCUGGAAGAUCGGGCGGAGAAUAUUCGUCGCGUGGGAGAAGUGGCCAAAUUGAUGGCGGAUGCCGGGACGGUGGUAUUGGCCGCCUUUAUAUCGCCCUAUCGAGUGGAUCGUGAUCGCAUUCGAUCGUCGCUGGAGGGCGUGGCACCCUUUUGUGAGAUUUUUGUCCAGGCAUCUCUAGGCGAAUGCGAAAGCCGCGACCCCAAAGGCUUGUAUCAAAUGGCACGGGAGGGGAAAAUCAAAAACUUUACGGGCAUUGACGAUCCUUAUGAAGAACCAUUGAAUGCCGAACUCAUUCUGGAUUCCAACUCCAAGUCAGUGGAUGAGCUAGCACAGGAGGUUGUGCAGUGGCUACAAGCCAAUGACAUUCUCAAGAUAAAAGACUCUUAG